AUCGAGAAGUUCAAGACGGAAAUCGACAAGCUGCAAAGCAAACAGAAGGCCUUGUCCGAAAAGAUUCAGGAACAUUCCGGAGGAAAGGACGAGUUUUAUGCCAAGAAGGCCGAGCUGCGUGCACAGCUGGACGAGCUGAGUGGCAAGAUCGACGUGCUCCAGGCUCGGAAGGAGGAGAUCAACAGGGCGGUUGGCAGCAAGCGCGACGAGGAGCGAGAGAAGCGAAAUACCCUCAACACGAUGAAGAAGUCCAUUGUCUUUUCCAGCGAGGCGGACAUCGAUAACCGCAUCGCUUCUAUCGAAUUUCAGCUUUGCACCGAGUCGGUUCCUCUCAAGGAGGAGAAGAAGCUCCUGGCCGAGAUUCAGCAGCUCAAGAAGAACCGAUCUAAGGUCAGUCACAUGCAGCAGAUGGAACAGAACCCUUCCACGGUUGACCCGACGAUGUCCAUGAAGGAGCAGAAGGAUGUUAUCAACGAGGAGAUGAACAGGUACCGCGACGAGAAGCGUAAGAUUCAG